GUGGGGCGCUUCCGCUGUCCGCCGCUCUCGCUCGCCCGGACGGAGCCUCGCUUUUUUUGCUUUUUUUUUUUUUUUUUGAAGCUUGCCCAGGAGCAAGAUCGCCUUCAAGCUGGCGGCAGCCAUGGUUCACAUACAGAAAGGCGAGCUGACCCCGGAGGAAAAGGAGCUGCUGGAGGCCAUCGGGAAAGGUACUGUUCAAGAAGCUGGGACACUAUUAUCCAGCAAGAAUGUUCGUGUCAACUGUUUGGAUGAGAAUGGAAUGAGUCCUCUGAUGCACGCGGCAUAUAAAGGAAAACUUGACAUGUGCGAGUUGCUACUGCGCCACGGAGCCGAUGUAAAUUGUCAUCAGCAUGAACACGGGUACACGGCCCUCAUGUUUGCCGCGCUCUCGGGUAACAAAGACAUCACAUGGGCCAUGCUGGAAGCUGGGGCAGAGACGGAUGUGGUCAACUCUGUAGGCAGAACAGCAGCUCAGAUGGCAGCCUUCGUGGGUCAACAUGACUGUGUGACCAUAAUCAACAAUUUCUUUCCACGAGAGAGACUGGAUUAUUACACCAAGCCCCAGGGACUGGAUAAAGAGCCAAAGCUGCCCCCGAAGUUGGCAGGCCCGCUGCAUAAGGUCAUCACCACCACGAACCUUCACCCUGUCAAGAUCGUGAUGCUGGUGAAUGAGAACCCCCUGCUGGCGGAAGAAGAGGCCCUGAAAAAGUGCUACAGAGUGAUGGACCUGAUCUGUGAGAAGUGCAUGAAGCAGAGAGACAUGAACGAAGUGUUAGCCAUGAAAAUGCACUACCUCAGCUGCAUCUUUCAGAAAUGCAUGAACUUCCUAAAAGAUGGAGAGAACAAACUGGACACCUUGAUCAAGAGCUUGCUAAGGGGCCGCGCUGCUGAUGGCUUCCCAGUGUAUCAAGAGAAAGUCGUGAGAGAGAGCAUCAGGAAGUUCCCGUACUGCGAAGCCACACUCCUGCAGCAGCUGGUGCGGAGCAUCGCCCCUGUGGAAAUUGGCUCCCAUCCCACUGCAUUCUCCGUCCUCACCCAAGCCAUCACCGGGCAGGUGGGUUUUGUGGAUGUUGAAUUUUGCACCACCUGUGGAGAAAAAGGAGCAAGUAAACGGUGUUCAGUGUGCAAAAUGGUAAUCUACUGUGAUCAAACCUGCCAGAAGACACACUGGUUUGCACAUAAGAAAAUCUGUAAGACUCUGAAGGACGUCUACGAGAAGCAACAAUCGGAAGCUGCCAAAGAGAAGAGUCGAGAGGAGACCAAUGGCAAACUUGACGUCAAUUCCAAUUGUGUAGAUGAAGAGCAGCCAGAAGCCGCAGCGGGAGUCCCCCAGGAGGAUCCCAGUCCGAAGGACUGUGUGGACGGGGAGAAAGAGCCUCGCCCGAGUGAGGCUGGGGUGGAAGGCGGACGGGAUGCCCCCGCAGAUCCACAGGCGUCUGAGGAGUGAAACGCACCGCAGGUGUCUGCGCGGAUGGCCCGCACCCUGGCUGGCAGCCCGGAAACUCUGUGACUGUGUCCUCGAUGCCCGUGACACCUGCGUGGCCCCAGGCAGGACUCCACGUUGUGUAGAAUAGAGGCUUUCUCUGGUAGCCUGUUGGCCUCACCCUCACGUCCGCUUCGUGGCUGUUCUACAAUAGAACAGAUAUUCCCUAUGGAAAACAUUUGCUUUCAAAACCCAGAGAAACCAUGUCUAGGCCCUUUUGGAGGCUGGCUCCCCAGCCGUGGCUCUCAAAGGAAAAUAAAUCCCCUGUAAGAUGAAAAUGUCACCUUCAGGGAACAAAGGGACCAGCAGAGUGGACGUGGGGGAGAAGAGGUUUUCAGGAAACGCAGAGGCGCUAAGCCUGAGAUGGAACAUUGGAAAACUGUAACUUACAUGUGGGUCAAGGUCACAUAAAGAGCGCUCGCAGGAGCAAGGUUCUACUUUGUAAGACACAGCGAGAUAGUGCAGAGCUGGAGGCGUCAAUGCCGCAGCCGAGCUAAUUUUAGUUUCCAUGGAAAUUAUCCUGGGCAGUCUAACUUGCGGCGGUUCCUAGCAUCGGGGCCUUCAGAAAUGUCAGAUGCUUCAGAAAGAAAGAAGGCCUCGCCAGGAUGUCUCAGCAUGUGCUUAAAAAAAAUUGUUCCUGAACCUUCUGAUUAACUAAUGCACUAAACACAGUAUGUACACAAUUAAUGUAAAAGCAAUUCCUGUGCCAUACUCUGCCCAACUCUGUCUUCCUUGCAAGCUUUUCAGGGGGAUCCUCCCGUCCAGAGACUGACUGACAGCUCAUUUAGAAAAGAUGCCACCAGCCGGCGCCGCGGCUCACUAGGCUAAUCCUCCGCCUUGCGGCACCGGCACACCGGGUUCUAGUCCCGGUCGGGGUGCCGGAUUCUAUCCCGGUUGCCCCUCUUCCAGGCCAGCUCUCUGCUGUGGCCAGGGAGUGCAGUGGAGGAUGGCCCAAGUACUUGGCCCCUGCACCCCAUGGGAGACCAGGAAGAAGCACCUGGCUCCUGCCAUCAGAUCAGCGCGGUGCGCCGGCCGCAGCGUGCCAGCCACGGCGGCCAUUGGAGGGUGAACCAACGGCAAAAGGAAGACCUUUCUCUCUCUCUCUCUCUCUCUCACUGUCCACUCUGCCUGUCAAAAAUAAAUUAAUUAAAAAAAAAAAAAAAAAAAAAGAUGCCACCAUCCACGUGUAGCCGACCUGGUGUCUGAGCAGAGCUAGGAUGUGAUGUCUGAAGAUAGUGCUGUGUCUCCGAGGCUGCUUUCAUGCUCAUUUUAAAAUAAAUUGUGCCUACUGAUACAAACAGCUCAUCUUGGUUUGAUACAGCCAGCCUUAUUAAUAAUUUUAAAUAUUAAUAAUUUGGUGGGUUUUUGCCUUCUGUUCAGAUAAGAAUUUUGAAUAUUGGCUCAAAAUAAACCAGUCACAUAGUAAGUUUUUAACGUCUACUCAGAGAAAUGCACAGAAAAGUGAGGGCUUUAUUUAGGGGAGAAAGAAGUCCAGAAACACAAGCUGGUUCCUUGCCAGGCAGAGAGCAGGCUGGGAGCCACGUGGAGCAAGUGUGUAGGCAGGAAAGCGGAAGCUGAGAGGUGGGGACAACAAGGGAGGGGCCCACCAUGCUCCAGGCCUUUUAUUCACUCCCAAAGGGGAGUGCUUACGUGGUCUGAUUGGCAGGUAGGCCAAUGAGAUCACACAGGGGGCGUGGUCUUCCAGCUCACACAGGAAUUUGGGGGAGGGUCACAGACAUUCAGUGCAUAAUAAUAACCACACAUAGCCUCUAUGGGACACAAUAGCUUAUUUUUUUAAAAAAAUAUUUAUUUAUUUGAAAGAGUUACACAGAGAGGAGAGACAGAGAGAGAGAGAGAGGUCUUCAAUCCGCUGGUUCACUCCCCAGUUGGCCACAACAGCGGGACCUGCACCAAUCCGAAGCCAGGAACCAGGAACUUCUUCCUGGUCUUCCAUGUGAUUGCAGGGGCCCAAGCACUUGGGCCAUCUUCUACUGCUUUCACAGGCCACAGCAGAGGGCUGGAUCAGAAGUGGAGCAGCCGGAAUAGAACCAGCGCCUGUAUGGGAUGCCGGCACUGCAGGCGUCAGCCUUACCAGCUAGCUUUUCAGAUAAAAACAGUAAUAGCUAACUUAUGUGGGGUCCUUUCAUAAAACCAUUCUGACUCAUAGCACUCCACAUGUAUUUCUGUUAUCUGCAUCCUUGAGAGUCUUACCAGGCAGCUACUACCUUUGUUUUAAGUAAGAAAACUAAAGCCUAGAGAGCAAACAACCAGUAAGUGAACGCUAGGUCCGGGGCUGGCGUUUGGCACAAUGAUUAAGCCACCACUUGUAAUGCCGGCAUCCCAUAUCAGAGCACUGGUUCAAGUCCUGGCUGCUCUGCUUCCAACUCAGCUCCCUGUUAAUGCACUUGGGAAAGCAGCAGAGGAUGGCCCAAGCGUUUGGGCUCCUGCCACCCAUGCAGGAGAUCUGGAUGGAGGUCCAGGGGCCCGGCUUCAGCCUGGCCCAGCCCCAGCUGUAGAGGGACAUUUGGAGAGAGAACCAGCAGAUGGAUGGAAGAUCUCUUUUUCUUUCUCUAUCUGUUGCUCCAACUAAAUAAAUCUUUAAAAAGACCCAGUUGUUAGCCAUGGCUCUCCGGAGGUCUGUAGUUCAGUGUUUGUUCCUACACCCCAAUCCUGAAGUAAGUUUGUUACCAUUUUAGCCAACUGGAAUGGGUUCCUGUUUAAAGCAAAUGACAAGUAAAAACACCUCUGAAGAUAGUGCGUUCUGUUUUGGCAGUCAAUGACUGAGGGAUGAGGUCUUCUCUUUUGCAUUUCCUCUGAAAUAGUACUUAAUGCAGUGUUUCCCAAUCACAGCCACUUCCUAGCCUUAAAUUAUUGAAUAAAAAAUACCUAGUGUUGAGGAAUCCACUUUAGCACAGAUAUUUUUCUCCCUGCAAGUGAGCCAUGUUCCCAUUGGUUCUCUGGACUGAAGACUUUUGUUAGACAUUUUUUCCUUAGAACAAACUUGCCAUUCUUGUCUGGUGAUUGUGGUAAUACAAGCGUCAGAAGCUACAUGUUAUCUUACUGUCUUCUUGGUGGUUAAUCAGAUUACAGUAUCCCAUCCUCAACUUACUGCACUCUGAUUAAAAAAUUAAUACUGUUUAUGCAAUGUGGGGGCCAACCGGAUCCCAGAUACACCAUUUCCAACAUGAAGUGGCUUGCCAGCACCCAGUGUAUUCCUGCUUGCUGGGCCUACGUGUACUCAGCUCACAGUCUCCGUGCUAGGAUGGGUGCAGCAGCAAUGCUGUAGCUGCUGUUGAACCCUGAUUCUCUCACGAGCUCUUGGAAAUGACACAGUGGCAGUCCCCUCAGAACUCUGCAAAGACUCCACAAAGCACAGUGGAUUAAGCUGGGCUAUUGUAUUACUUAUCUAUUGCUGUGUAUCACACUUUUCCCAGCUUGAAACACCAAUCCACAUUGUCACAGAUCAUUUCUCCAGGCUAGAAAUCCAGGGGCGGCUGACCUGGGCUCAUUCUGGCUUGGGCUUUCUCCAGGUGGAAGAUGGCGCAGUGGAACUUUCAGCCAGGCUGCAGAUACCUGGAGCUGUGAAUGGGCUUAGAGGCUCUGCUUUAUGGAGGUUCACUCACAAGGCCAUUGAGAGAAGGCCUCGUUCCUCACUAGUUUUUGCAAAGAAGGCAGAAUAUAGGGGUGGCAGUUUAACC